AUGACGGGCGGUCGGUUCGAUUUUGACGACGGUGGCACGUACUGCGGAGGCUGGGAUGACGGCAAAGCCCACGGACACGGCAUCUGCACCGGACCCAAGGGUCAGGGCGAGUACUCGGGAUCGUGGUCCAGCGGGUUCGAGGUAGUCGGCGUGUACACCUGGCCCAGCGGGAAUGUCUACCAGGGCUACUGGGCGCAGGGGAAGCGCCACGGACUCGGCGUGGAGACCAAGGGGAGGUGGAUUUACCGCGGGGAAUGGACGCACGGAUACAAGGGCCGGUACGGCGUCCGGCAGAGCCUGAACACGUCGGCUAGAUACGAGGGGACGUGGAGCAACGGCUUGCAGGACGGAUACGGCGUGGAGACGUACGGGGAUGGAGGUACAUACCAGGGCCAGUGGACUGGAGGGAUGCGUCAUGGUUAUGGUGUCCGUCAAAGUGUCCCAUAUGGGAUGGCCACUGUCAUCCGCUCCCCACUCCGCACCUCACUGGCCUCUCUCCGCAGUGAACAGAGCAAUGGCACCGUGCUCCAGGACACCCUGUCGGACAGCCCUGCUGGGACACGUGGCGGCUUUGUGCUCAACUUCCAUUCAGACUGUGAGGGCUCAGAGAAAAAGAAGGGCCUCUUUCGCCGUGGCUCCCUGUUCGGCAGCCUCCAGAGGCUGCGCAAGUCUGACUCACGUUCGUCGAUCUCCAGCAAGCGCAGCUCAGCACGCAGCGACACCACCAUGAGCCGCAUCAGUUCCAGUGAUGCCAAUUCCACCAUCAGCUUUGGGGACGGUGACCAAGCCGAUGACUACCUGCCAGAGGACAACGUUGAUGCCACCACCACUGAGUCCUACAUGGGAGAGUGGAAGAAUGACAAGCGCAGCGGCUUUGGCGUCUCAGAGCGCUCCAACGGCAUGAAGUAUGAGGGAGAGUGGCUUAACAACAAGCGCCACGGCUACGGCUGCACCAUCUUUCCCGACGGCUUCAAGGAGGAAGGAAAAUACAAGAACAACGUACUGGCUCGGGGUAUCAGGAAGCAGCUGAUCCCACUGAAGAACACCAAGACCAAACAGAAGGCUGAUCGUGCUGUGGAGGGGGCUAUCAGGGCAGCAGCCAUCGCCAGAACAAAAGUGGAAAUUGCUACCUCCAGGACGUCUCACGCCCGUGCCAAAGGAGAGGCGGCGGACCUGGCUGCGCUGUCAGCUAGUCAGGAGUCAGACAUCGCCAGAGCCGUGGCCAAAGAACUUUCUCCAGGCUUCCACCAGCCAGGCCCUGACUACAUACGACAGAGGUAUAAUGAGCCGGUGGAAGUGAAAGAGCCUCCUGAGGAGGAAAAGAAGGAUAAAUCUUCAUCAAGUAGCCCUCAUUUCUACCGCAAGGGCACAACUCCUAACCAGUCCCCGUCUGGCAGCCCGGAUCCCAGUCCCCCUCCCUCACCUUCUCCUCCUCCUCCUCCUCCUCCUCCUCCUCCUCCUCCUGCCACAAAGAAGAGCUUUUUCAGCAGCAAAGCACCUGCAGCUGAGGCCCCGAAGCCUGCUGAGAGAGAGAACAAACCCUCGACAGCAGAGAGCUUAACUAAAGGCAUAACAAAGGCAGCAUCAAAGCUCUCUCUCAAACAGGAAGUGAGGCAGCAAGAGGCCAAGCCAGUUGCUCCCAAUACAAAUAGCAAUAACCCCAGCAAUGGGCAGAUCCACUCCCAGUAUCACGGUUACUACAUCAAGGCUGAUGUCAAGGUCCCACCUCCAGAUGAACCAGCUGGUGUGGAGGACAACCUACACCCAUCAAUCCUUGCUCGCUUGCCACCACCUGCAAAACCGUAUCAGGCACCCACACCAAAGGCGCUGCCUGCACGCACUCCUACACCCAGUCCUUCACCCACCCCUUCACCCACCCCUGUUAAAGAGAAUACCAAAGCUGUAGAGCCUCCCAGGCUGAAGAAGCAGGAUUCACACAAACCAAAAAGCCUUGCAGAAACCAAGAAAGCUAGUAUGGAAAUAACCCCUGAAAUUAUAGAGGAGUCGAGCCCGAACUCCAUCUUGGUGGCUCUUGUCAUGCUGUUGAAUGUUGGUCUAGCAAUCAUUUUUGUCCAUUUCCUCACUUGA